GUAAAUAACUAUAAGUAUGCCAAAGUCAUCAGCUGCUAAAAGUGAUGGUACGAAAAAUGCAAAACCUAACUGUAAAGCAUCCAACAAAACAGACGCUGGAUCAUCAGGACCCUCUGGAAAGCAAUCCAAGACAGCAAAUGCAGUAAAAGUACGUCAUAUAUUAUGUGAAAAACAGAGUAAGUGUUUAGAAGCGUUAGAACAGCUGAAAAAUGGUAAACGUUUUAAUCAAGUAGCAGAAACAUACAGUGAAGAUAAAGCACGUUCAGGUGGUGACUUAGGAUGGAUGUCACGUGGAUCGAUGGUUGGUGCAUUUCAGGAUGCAGCUUUUGCUCUACCUGUAUCAACUUUAGAAAAUCCCAAGUAUACUGAUCCACCAGUGAAGACUCAAUUCGGUUAUCAUAUUAUAAUGGUUGAGGGGAAACGAUAAAAAAGAAGGAUACAAAGAGAAAAAAUUAUAUAUCCCGCUUAUUCUCGUUUUACUACCUUGUGUAUUUAUUUUCUUGUAUGAAAUAAACUUUUUUCUGGUGAA